AUGAAAUAUAAAAUAUUAAUCAAUAAUUUCUACUUCUUUUUAUUUUUGCAUUUGCAGCGUUUAGCAUUUAUAAAUUUAACUGAUCAUUUUGAUUCCAUUAAUUUGGUUGAUAAUCAUAGUAUAAGCAAACUUUUUCGUCGUCUUACUAAUGGUUUAUACAUUGAUAAUCGUAAUAUUAAUGAUCCAAUUAUUACAUCGGAUUAUUUUGAAACACAACAGAAAGGUGAAAUCAGAUAUGUCGAUGAUCAUCGUCCAACUCCAUUUAAUGCUCCCGUAAUGCAUACCGGAAAUGAUUCAUCCAGAAUGUUGUAUUUCUACGGUUCGGAGUAUCUGUUCAACUCAUUUCUUUAUCAUGCUUAUGAGGGUGAUCGUAUGAUUGUUGAGAUUGAUGAAAAUACUUUGCCACCACAAUACAAAUCAAUUGUUCGAACUAAUUGUGAUAAUUCACAACAAAAUAGCCGGAAUUUCGUAUCAUACCUUUGUUUGGGUAUUUUAAUACCGGAAAUAGCUAAACAUUAUCCGAAUACAUCAUCAUCCUUCCUGUUAUUACCGCAUCAAGUUCCGGAAUUUCGAUUUUCAAAAGAUACAGGUUCUAUUGAUCUAAAAAAUCGUGUGUUAACAUAUAUAAAUGAUGGUAAGCGAAAAAAACAAAUCAUGGUAAGUACAGCAGAUCUUCAGGCGGAUUUUCGCUUACUUAUUGAAGAUGAGAAAUUUGCGGCAGCUUUGAAAAUUAAUAAAUUUAAUAUAAGGUUACAUCGAAGUGCCAUUAAAGGCCUUACAAGUAAUUCAAUUACACAACUUGCGCCAUUAGCUAAAACAUUCCUCGGACCUCAACUUGUUAAGGCAUUGAAGAAUGGCAUCCCACUUCCAUUAACGGAUUCAAUUGAAUUUAUCAAUCCAGAAUUAAUUAUUCAUGAUAAAUACGUCGAAAUUGCAACCGAUUUUCGUUUAGGCGAAAAGCAUUUACGCGAGGAAGUUAAGAAAGCAUUUGCUUCAGUAUUUCAUACUUGA